CCGCCAUCUAUUGGGCAAGAGUGAAUUGGCUAGUGUAUUAGGAAACUGAUGAUAUUUGUAAUUCUGCGGGUCAAAAUGAUUCAUAACAAAAAAGUGUCAUCAAGUAUUUAUCAGUGUGCAUAUGAACCCCAGGUAUUUGAUCCACACUAGCUUUAUAAAUCAAUUGACGGUCUUCACCUAUGAUAUCACAACCCAAAACAAUAAUGAAGACAAUAACAUUCCCAUCAAUAUUCACAUUCCUACUCUUUUCUCUAGUCCUUGAAGCAGCUCAUGCUUCUUCAAAUGAGCAAGUGUUUGACAUCUCAGGAGGAAAGCUCCAAAUCGGUCCCACUUACUACGUCCUCCCUUCUCCAACCACCCGCCUCAGUGGCCUCGCGCUCAUCGGAGACGAACCGUGCCCUCUUUACGUUGCGGCUGAGGACGCAUAUGAGGGCUUCCCGGUGUCAUUCAACGCCAUGAGUCGUAAGCAAGCAGUUGUCAACAUCUCCACUGAUGUGAACAUUCAAUUCUACAUAAAAAACAUGACAUGUCCCCUUUCCUCUGUGUGGAAGAUUGGUGAGUUUGAUGCUUGGACGAAACAACGGUUUGUGACGAUUGGUGGCGUUCUUGGAAAACCGGGAAAGAAGACAGUUAGCAUUUGGUUCAAGAUUGAAAAGUAUGAUGAUGAUUACUACAAGAUAGUUUACUGUCCUAGUGUGUGCAAACAAUGCAAGGUUCAAUGCAGUGAUGUUGGGGUGUAUUUGGAUGAUUACAAUGAGAAUAAGCGUCUAGCUCUCAGCAAUGUGCCAUUAAAAGUUCAGUUCAAGCAGGCCUAGAAGUUUAAUUUUCUUCAUAUCAAUGUGUACGUGUUUUUACCUUUGUGUUUUCUUUUGGUUGUAUUACUUGU